GAAAAACACCCCAACUCACCAAUGACAGCAAAGCAGAUAUUGGAAGUCAUUCAGAAAGAAGGAUUAAAAGAAACAAGUGGAACCUCUCCAUUAGCCUGUCUGAAUGCAAUGCUUCACACUAACACUCGAAUAGGGGAUGGAACAUUCUUCAAAAUCCCUGGAAAGUCAGGCCUCUAUGCUCUCAAAAAAGAGGAGUCAUCAUGCCCAGCUGAUGGAACAUUGGAUUUAGGCUGUGAGUCUGAAUUAGAUGGCACAGAAAUGGCUGAGGCAAAUGCCAAUGGAGAGGAAAAUGGAGUUUGUGCAAAGCAGGUAACUGAUGAAGCGUCUUCCACUCGAGAUUCAAGCCUUACUAACCCAGCAGUGCAAAGCAAGUUAGUGUCUUCCUUUCAGCAACACACCAAAAAGGCUCUUAAACAGGCUUUGAGGCAACAGCAGAAGAGAAGAAAUGGAGUCUCAAUGAUGGUAAACAAGACUGUUCCUCGUGUUGUUUUGACACCAUUAAAGGUGUCUGAUGAACAGUCGGAUUCGCCUUCAGGAUCUGAGUCUAAAAAUGGUGAAGCAGACAGUUCAGAUAAAGAAAUGAAACAUGGGCAAAAAUCUCCUACUGGAAAACAAACAAGUCAGCACUUAAAACGAUUAAAAAAGUCUGGUUUAGGGCACUUGAAAUGGACCAAAGCUGAGGACAUUGACAUAGAAACCCCAGGAUCUAUUCUUGUCAACACUAACUUGAGAGCAUUAAUAAAUAAACAUACGUUUGCAUCCUUACCUCAGCAUUUCCAACAAUACCUCCUGCUUUUGCUCCCAGAAGUAGAUAGGCAGAUGGGAAGUGAUGGAAUUUUACGCCUCAGUACUUCAGCUCUGAAUAAUGAAUUCUUUGCAUAUGCAGCACAGGGGUGGAAACAGCGGCUGGCAGAAGGAGAAUUUACCCCAGAAAUGCAAUUACGAAUAAGGCAAGAAAUUGAGAAGGAAAAGAAAACAGAACCUUGGAAAGAAAAAUUCUUUGAAAGAUUUUAUGGAGAAAAGUUGGGCAUGUCAAGAGAGGAAUCUUUGAAGCUCACUUCUGGACAAAACAAUGAUGCAGCUGAAAGCAGUUCCUCAUGUGGGACCUCUAGUCUUAUGAGUUCUUCUGCACAGACAUCUUUGGAAGAACAAGAGUCAAAAAGCAUGAAAAAUCCAGUUUCCCCAGAGCCUGAGCUCUGUGCCACACUUUGUCCUAUGGUAGAGAUUCCAGCUAAAGAUGGAAUGGCAGAAUCUGAAUCAGAGGAUAUCUUGAUUCCUGAAGAAUCUGUGAUUCAGGAGGAAAUUGCAGAAGAGGUAGAGACAAGCAUCUGUGAAUGCCAGGAUGAAGAUCAUAAGACAAUGCCUGAGUUUUCUGAGGAGUCUGAAACUGCAAACAGUUCCCAUGCAGAGCCCCACAUCUCACCGCCUGAAGAUAACUUAGAAUCCUGUGUCGUGAUGAAUGAUGUUUUAGAAACUUUGCCUCACAUAGAAAUUAAGGUGGAAGAGAAAUCAGAAUCCCCCCAGGAAGAAAUGUCCGUUGUUAUUGAUCAAAUAGAAGUCUGUGACUCUCUUGUACCUUCCACUUCUGUGACUCAAGUCAUAGAACAUAGGGAGCCAGAAACUGCACUAGAGACCAAUACUCCAAAAUUACCAACAGGGUCAUCUUUAGAAGGCCAGUUUCCAAAUGAAGCAAUUUCUGUAGAUAUGGAGUUGCAGAGUGAUCCCGAUGAACAGCUUUCUGAAAAUGCUUGCGUAUCUGAAACAUCCUUCUCUUCUGAGAGCCCAGAAGGUGCCUGUCCCAGCCUGACAUCCCCAAGUGGAGAAACACAAUCCACUUGCGAAGAAUCAUGUACUCCAGCCUCCCUUGAGACCGCAUUCUGUUCUGAGGUGUCCAGCACUGAAAAUACAGACACAUAUAAUCAGAGAAAGCCCACUGAUGAAAAUCUCCAUGCAUCUUUGAUGUCAGAAAUAUCUCCAUUAUCCACUUCACCGGAAAUAUCAGAAGCGUCUCUUAUGUCCAACUUGCCUUUAACAUCAGAAGCAUCCCCUGUAUCAAACUUACCUUUAACAUCAGAGACAUCACCAAUGUCUGAUUUACCUUUGACAUCAGAAACUUCUUCAGUGUCUUCCAUGCUUCUCACAUCUGAGACCACGUUCGUAUCCAAUUUAUCGCUUCCUUCCGAAACCUCUCCAACUACUAAUUCUUCUCUGAGUGAAAGAAUGUUGCAUCAACCAAGAAAGUCACCUUCCAUGCCAGAAGAACCACACUCUUCACAAAAAGAUGAAGCUUCUACCCCAGUCAGACCCCUAGGAGAGAGCCUUCUCUCUCAGCAGAAGACUCUGUCGAAUGCUCCUGAAGCUAUCAAAAUGGGUUCUUCUUCCGUUGUUCCUGAUGCCUUUCCACUUGAAGAAUUACACAAUAAGACCAUGAAUCAGCAGCCUUGUAAAUCCCAUGCUGAACCUGAGAAAUCCUACCCUCCAAAUGAAGAACUUCCUUCUCCAGAAAUCAUCAAAGUGAAAAAUCAUAGUGUCCUACAAAGAAUAGAUAAGAAGGCAGUGUCCUCCCCUUUGGAAUUAUCUGCCUUUUCUGAGGAGACUGAGAGGAAAGGAAGUGAGCUUCCAUCAGCUAAAUUACAGGACAAGCAGUAUCCUUCAUUAGUGGACAAGGCUUCAUUUUCAGAAGGCCCUAGAAACAGAACGCAUAAGCAAGGAAGCACACAGAAUCGAUUGGAGACCUCACAUACUUCCAAGUCAUCAGAGCCCUCCAUGUCACCUGAUGGGAUAAGAAAUGAAAGAGAAUCAGAAAUAUCAAAGAGGAAAACUGCAGAGCAGCACAGCUUUGGAAUCUGUAAGGAAAAAAGAGCUAGGAUAGAAGAUGAUCAGUCAACCCGCAAUGUACCAUCCAGCAGUCCACCUGAGAAAGAACAGCCUCCAAGAGAAGAACCCAGGGUCCCACCUCUCAAGAUCCAGCUUUCCAAAAUUGGACCACCUUUUAUUAUCAAGAGCCAGCCUAUCUCUAAGCCCGAGUCUCGAGCAUCCACUGGCACUGCCGUUAGUGGGGGGAGGAAUACAGGAGCCAGGACCCUUGCAGACAUCAAGGCCCGUGCUCAACAAGCAAGGGCUCAGCGAGAAGCCGCGGCUGCAGCUGCUGUAGCUGCCGCCGCCAGCAUCGUCUCUGGAGCCAUGGGGAGCCCAGGAGAAGGUGGAAAAGCCAGAACCCUAGCACAUAUCAAAGAACAGACAAAGGCUAAGCUCUUCGCCAAGCAUCAAGCCCGAGCCCACCUCUUCCAGACCACUAAAGAGGCUUGGUUGUCUCCGCUCAACUCCAAGGAAGGGCCUCCAAACUUAGAAGUGUCUUCAACUCCAGACACAAAAAUCGAAGCUUCAACUGGUGUCAUCAUUGUCAAUCCGAACUGCAGGUCUCCUAACAAGUCAGCUCACCUCCGGGAGGCUACCACUGUAUUACAGCAGUCACUUAACCUGCCUAAAGUCCCAGAAACGGCCACUGACUUAUCUGGGCAGAGUUCUGAUGAAAAUAUCCCCAUGCCACAUUUACCUGAGAAACUUGUUUCAUCUACCUCUUCUGAAAGCAGCAGUGUGCCUGGGCUUUUUAAUAAAAAUCCUGUCCCUGUGUCUGUCUGCAGCACUACUAUGUCGGGAGCAAUUACAGAACAUCCCUUUGUAGGUCCUGUUGACAAAUCAUCUGUUCUAAUGCCUGUCGACAGUGUCAACACAACCAUUUCUGCUUGUAAUAUGAGCAUGUUAAAAACCAUUCAGGCAGCUGACACUCCAUGCAUAGCCAUUAUACCAAAAUGUAUUGAAAACACUCCCCUUCCGAUUGCUACAGAGAGUUCAAGCAUCCCCAGCUCCGUGGAUGAUAAGCAGUUGCUGAUAGCAAGCAACAGUGCCAGCAACUUAGUCACCAGUCCAUACACCUCCGUGCCAACUCCAUCCGUUGGAAAUUUGCCAAACCAUCUCUCCACGAGCUCUGUCUUGAUUCCCCCAGCAGGAAUAAAUAACCGAUUUCCUUCUGAGAAGAUGGCCCUGCCUGGGAGUGAAGAUCAGGCCACCAUUUCCAUGGGGACCACUGUGAGGGCAGCCCUGAGCUGCAGUGACUCGGUAGCAGUCACAGACUCUCUGGUUGCACGCCAGCCCAUUGCAAUGUUUACUGGCAACGUGUUCACAAUAAACUCUUACGAUAAUCCUCCCAACGCAAAUGCUGAAAGUGUAGACAAAAAUGCAGGGCCUCGGACCAGAGCGGAUCAUUCUGGAAAACCUCAGCAACCACCCGGUGGCUUUGCACCAGCAGCCAUCAACCGAUCAAUUCCAUGCAAAGUCAUUGUGGACCACAGCACCACGCUAACCUCCAGCUUGUCUCUGACAGUCUCCACUGAAAGUGCAGAAACCAGCCUGGAUCUCCAGAGUAGGUUAGUGAGGACAGACGCACCCAUACAGUCCCUGGCAUGCCCCCAGGUGUCAGUUAUUAGUAGGCCGGAACCAGUUGCAAAUGAAAGUGUAGCUCAUGGCUCCAGUUUCAUUGCUGCUUCUGAAGCAGACUGUAAAGCCCUGCAGGCCUCCUGCACAGGUCUCCAAGAAUUACCCCUAGUUAUACCAGAUAAACUGAAUGAGGUGCCUGCACCUAGUCACAGCUUUGCUGAGCAGGCACUUGGCCCAACUACUUUCAAAAGUGAAACAGACACAAGCUGUAGUAAUCAAUAUAACCCAGGUAACCGGAUUUGCUGGAAUGAUGAUGGAAUGAGGAACACAGGACAGCCUCUGGGUAGCCACUUGGGGUCAAGUAAGCAGAAAGAAUAUCUAGAACCGAGUUGCCCAAAGACUAUCAAAACCGAGCAUGCCAACUACUCCCACGUGCCAGAACUUCACCCCAGAAAUCUUAUAACAAAUGUCACACUCCCUGUGAAAUCUGAAGCUCCUGAAGUGGACAAAGGCUUUAGAAUGGACACAGAAGAGUUCCCUGGAGCUGAGCUACCUUCUCCAGCAACAGAGGUAACCUCUAGCGUACAACAACCGCAGAACUCAAAGGCUUCCACCGCCAGUCCCAUGGAAGAGGCAAUUUCCUUGGCGACAGACACCCUGAAAAGGGUUCCGAGUACAGGGAGCUCAGGCUGCCGUCUGUCUUCUGUGGAGGCUAACAACCCACUGGUGACUCAGUUACUACAGGGCAACCUGCCUUUGGAAAAAGUGUUGCCGCAGCCCAGACUGGGAGCCAAGCUCGAAAUUAACAGGCUUCCUUUGCCUCUUCAAACUACCUCAGUGGGCAAAGCAGCGCCAGAGAGGAGCAUUGUGGAGAUGCCAUCCAGCUCUCCAAAUCCAGAUGGUAAGGGCUACUUGGCAGGGACCCUUGCACCACUCCAAAUGAGAAAGCGAGAAAACCACCCCAAAAAGAGAGUGGCCAGGACUGUUGGGGACCACACACAAGUUAAAUGUGAAGCAGGGAAACUGUUAGGGGACCCCGAUGUCAAAGGGGUGCCUUGUGUUAUCGGCUCCAGCAUGAACCAGCUAGGGCACAGCCAGCCCUUUAAACAGGAGUGGCUGAACAAGCACUCCAUGCAGAACCGAAUGGCCCACAGCCCUGAGGUCAAACAGCAGAAGCGACUGCUCCCCUCCUGUAGCUUCCAGCAGAACCUGUUUCACGUUGACAAGAACGGCAGCUUCCACCCAGAAGCUGCUACCUCACACAGACAGCAGUUUUACCAAAUGCCUAUGGCUGCAAGGGGCCCCAUGCCAACUGCAGCUCUGUUACAGGCCUCUUCCAAGAGCCCAGCAGGCUGUAAUGCAUUUGCCUUCAAUAGACAUCUUGAACAGAAGGGAUUGGGAGAGGUCGCUGUUUCUUCAGCCCCUCACCAGCUUAGGUUAGGCAACAUGCUAUCCCCCAAUAUACCCAUCAAAGAAGGUGAUGAUGUGGGGGGUACUACACAUACAAUGCCAAGCAAAGCACUAGCGCUUCCUCCACCUCCACCACCUCCACCACCUCCACCUCCACCACCUCCACCUCUUCCUAAUACAGAAGUCCUGCCCGAUCAAAAACAGCCACCAGUUACCAUGGAAACCACGAAAAGACUUAGUUGGCCACAGUCCGCGGGCAUGUGUAGCAAUAUCAAAUCGGAACCUCUUUCAUUUGAGGAAGGCUUAAGCAGCAGCUGUGAACUGGGCAUGAAGCAAGUUUCCUAUGACCAGAAUGAAAUGAAAGAACAAUUAAAAGCAUUUGCGCUAAAAAAUGCAGAUUUCUCAUCUUAUUUGCUUUCUGAGCCGCAAACGCCUUUUACCCAGUUAGCUGCUCAGAAAAUGCAGGUGCAGCAGCAGCAACUCUGUGGAAAUUACCCAACAAUACACUUUGGUAGCACGAGCUUCAAGAGGGCCGCAUCAGCCAUUGAAAAGUCCAUUGGGAUUCUGGGAAGUGGCACCAAUGCUGCCACUGGCCUGCCUGGUCAGAAUGCUCAGAUGCCCGUCCAGAACUUUGCCGACAGCAGCAAUGCAGAUGAGUUGGAACUGAAAUGCUCUUGCCGGCUGAAAGCCAUGAUUGUGUGCAAAGGUUGUGGGGCCUUCUGUCAUGACGACUGCAUAGGGCCUUCAAAACUCUGUGUAGCUUGCCUGGUUGUACGAUAA